UGUUACCACCGAAUUACCUAUAAAAAUGGCCACUUUCCAGUCCAAUGCGAUUGUGGUAGGAACAUCCUGAUAUAAUAUGUUUGUUCGUUCAUCAAGAACCGCGCAUCUCAGACAACUCCUAUCACCUAUUGUUCAAAGACGUGGAAUUGCAACCUCACCUAUCGCAAUGGCUCCCGGCAUUAGCGACGCGAUCAAAACCGACCAUCGGGAGAUUGAGUCGUAUUAUGACAAGAUCAUCAACUCCUCGGAUAAGGAUGAGCAGACACGCUACCAGAAUCUAUUUACCUGGGAACUAGCUCGACACUCCAUUGGAGAGGAGCUUGUUGUUUAUCCUGUUUUCGAAAAGCUGCUCUCUGGUGGCGUCGAUAUGGCAAAUAAGGACCGUAAGGAGCAUUUGAAAGUUAAAGAGCAGUUAAAGGUAUUCCAGAACAUGACGCCUUCGGAUACACAGUUCAUUCCUACUAUCAAGGAGUUGAUGGAGGACUUGUCCGAGCAUAUCAAAGAGGAAGAAACUCACGAUUUGCCUAAGCUGGAAGAAGCCUUAUCUCAAGAAGAUAGCGAGAGCUAUGCUAAGAGCUUUGGCCGAACAAAGAUGUUUGUGCCUUCGCGCUCUCAUCCUAGUGCACCAGACAAACCCCCAUUUGAGACAGUGGUGGGGCUUCUAACGGCGCCGAUCGAUCAUCUCGCGGAUCUGUUCCGCAAGUGGCCUGAUACUUCUGGAAUGCCGAACCCGUCUACAAAGUGAGCGUCUGCUGGUGAGACUUACAGCCUUUCUGUUCUAUUUGGGUCUGGAUUUCCGCUCCGUUUGUAGCUUAUUUGUGAAGUAUAUUAUUUCAUGUAAUUCUGAAAAUGAAAGUUCCAUGAAACAUUCGCC